AUGGAGUGUGAUCAAGAGACUCCAGUUGACGAUUUUUGUCAUGCAUGGGAAGGUAGCUACUUAGACAUCCCUCAAGUUGAAUUGAAACCUUACGAUCAAUUCUACAUUCAAUUCAAAAUUGAGUUCACAUAUGUGAUGGCAAUGGAGGAAGAAGAACAAGAGGAAGAUGAUAAGCCUGAUUAUCUAUCUAGUAACCUGCAAAGCAUAAAUUUUUGUCAUCAAUUUUGGGAACGUUGUGAAAAAUUAUCAUGUAACAACUUGACUUGGGACACCAUCCAUAGGAUGCUAUCAAGAUUAGGAGUUCCAACACAUAAACAACCUUUUAUCAUACAAAAAAUCUCGGGAUGUGCAGAUGAAAUUGCUAGCAAAGUCGAAAAUAGAACACGAAAAGUGUUACCGAUGAUUGUCUCGAUUGGAGUGGUUGUGGAUAAUACACGAGAAGAACAUCUUUUGGCAAUGAGAGAAUCAAGGGAAGCUGAGUUGAGAAUAAACCCUGCGAGCAAAGAAGCAGUUGAAGCUUUAGAGAAAGUCAAGGUUAAAGAUUGUGAAAUUGGAGCUAGCCACUGUAUGAUAUGUAUGGAGAAACUUGAGGAGGGUUGUGAAGCUACAAGAAUGCCAUGUUUGCAUGUUUAUCAUGGGAGUUGCAUAGUGAAUUGGCUUGGAGUAAGUAAUGUUUGUCCACUUUGUCGAUAUCAAUUGCCCAACUAG